AUGGGCCCGUCUCUCCGGCGCUCGGGUCGGGCGACACAGACCGCUGCUAAAUCGCAAGCUAGCGGCUCGGCUAGUCGAUCGAUCAAAUCGCAAAAGUCGACCAAACCAAGACGAACCGAAGUGAGCGAGGUCAAGGAGAACAGUGAGGUUUCGUCAGGCGACAAUCAGGGCGACAACGGGAAGCCUCCGAAGAGCGAGGAGGUCGAUAGGAAGGGAGACGACGACAAGCUCGCUGCGAGAAAACUCCAGGCCUGGUCCGCCAGCGCCACCUCAUCCCCUUACCCAAAUUUCAAGCACCCCACACCCCGCGAAUGUCAGGUCGCCCAUGACGUCCUCACCCCCAUGCACCAAGCCGAGGUGGACAAAGAGUUCGCGGACCCCGAUACACCCGAGACGAUCCCUCACGUCUUGGACGCCAUGAUCGUCGGUCUGCUCUCUCAGGCGACCGGAUGGAGCAACGCCAAACGGGCCAUGGCUAGCAUGCGGAAAGUCUACGGGUCGGUGUUCGCCUAUGACGAUAUCAUCGCGGGCGGGAUGGACAAGCUGAGGGACGCUUUACAGCCCGGUGGACUUCAUGUGAGGAAAUCCGGGUUGAUCAUGGGCAUCCUCGAGCAGGUCCGGAAGGAACACCCAGACUGGAACCUCGAUCACUUGUUCGAGAUGGACGACCAAGAAGCCAUGCAGGAGCUCAUCAAGUACAAGGGAAUCGGCCCUAAAUCCGCUUCAGUCGUCAUGACCUGGUGUCUCAAGCGGAAAUCUUUCACCGUCGACACCCACGUCUAUCGAGUGGCGGGACUUUGGGGAUGGAGACCAAAGGAUGCGACCCGGGAAAAGACCCAGGCGUAUCUAGACGCCGUCAUCCCGAACGAAUUGAAAUUCGACCUCCAUUUCCUGUUCAUCGCACACGGGCGGACGUGCCCUGCUUGCAAAGGUGGAGCCAAGGCGGGACAGAAGUGCACGGCACGGGAAGAGAUGGAACAGAAAUUACAGCAGUGA